AGAACACACCAUGGAGCCGCCAUGGCCACAGCUCUGAAAGCCCGGGCAGCGGAGUAGCCCUCUGCAUCCCUGAACGGCCCAACGACACUCCCAUGUCUGUGUGUUUUAGCGUUAGUGUGUGUGUUUGGAUUCGCUGUGGCUUCCAAGAGGUCAGAAAGACACUUUUGUAGUUUUUUUUUUUACCCCCAUUGUUUUUUCACUUGACACCGCAAGACCGAUGACUGAUAUAUUGUGCCCACCGGGAAGAAGACACAGCAUAUCUAACGAUUACCGGACUUUCUGAUCUAUAUCACGGACAUCUCAAACGGUUCACGUAUUUUCCUGUAGCACGGCCAUGUCAAAUGGGUACCGUGUUCUCUGACGUAUAAGGGCCAUGUCUACGGGUUGCCGUUGUUUUUAAAGUGACAUGUCUAACGGUCACCGUACUCUGUCGCAGCACCUCAAUGACCUGAAGAAGGAGAACUUCAGCCUCAAGCUCCGCAUCUACUUCCUGGAGGAGAGGAUCCAGCAGAAGUUCGAGGACAGCAGCGACCAUGUCUACCGCACAAACAUCGAGUUGAAGGUAGAAGUGGAGAGCUUGAAGCAGGAGGUACAGGAGAAACAAGACCUUCAUGAGAAGGCUCUGACGACAGCAGAGAGCCGGUCCAGUCACAAUGAGGCAGAGCUGCAGAGACGAUGUGAGGAGAGAAAGCAGGAGAUCGACCACAUGCAGGAGUUGCCGGAGACCAAGAUACAACUCCUGCGGGAGGAGGCCCAGCUAGCGCGAGGUGAGGUUGAGAGGAUGGCCUCCCUGACUGGGUCGAGCCCCCAGCCCCUCUUGGAGGAUAUGGAGGACAGCCAAGAGGAGGAGAACCUCCAGACCACACCACACACCUACAGAGACAGGGUGAUCGAGGAGCUGACCAGUGCUCUGCGCUGUAAGGAGGCUAUGAUCACUGAGCUGAGUGGACAGAAGAGUGUUCUGACACUGAGGGUGGGAGAGCUGGAGGGAGAGGUAGAGGACCUCUCCUCCUCCCUGCUGCAGAAAGAGAGCGAUGCGGAGUUCUACCAGGAAGAGCUGGGCAGGGAGAGGCUGCGCAUUGAGCAGGAGAUGCAGUGUGGAAUGCUGGACAUCAGAAUGAAGGAGGCGUGUCGUAUCUGCGCGAGGGAGCUCUGCGGUAACCAACGGCGAUGGAUCUUCCACCCCGCCUCCAAACUCAACCUGCAGGUGCUCCUGUCCCACGCCCUGGGGCGAGAGCUGAUCCGCGACGGCCGCGGGGAGUUCGCCUGCUCCAAGUGUACCUUCAUACUGGAGCGCAUGUAUAGGUUUGACACGGUGAUUGCCCGGGUGGAGGCCCUGUCCAUUGAACGGCUGCAGAGGCUGCUCCAGGAGAAACACCGGCUACGGGGUCUCAUCGGAAGCCUCUACCGGAAGACCAACAGGGAGGAUGGAGGCGGUUGUGCAGGGGCUGUUACUGGACCUGGGGAUACGGGAGGAGGGGGAGGAAGGGUACAGGGGGAUGGUAUGGUGGACAUGUCCGGUCUGACCCAUGCUAAGUACUGUGCUCUGCUCCAGGAGGACUUGGUGUACUCUCUGUAUGAGUCCUGGGCUGAGGAGGGGUUAGAGUUCGGGGGUCAUAAUCAUCAUCAUCAUGGGCAUCCCCAACAAUGCGCAGGGCCUGCGCCAGAGGUGACGGCUGUGGGGUCACAGCGCUGUGGGACUGUCACGCGUUCACCCAGGAAGUGCCGAGGGUGCACGGCGUGGCGAGUGGCGGACUCAGACUACGAGGCUGUGUGUAAAGUACCCAGGAAGUUGGCACGGAGUAUUUCCUGUGACCCAUCGACGAGGUAUUCGGUCAGCGUGAUUGGAGGAGGACGUGCAAGUGGAGGAGGAAGAGGAGGGGAGAAAGAUCCAGAGGGGACCCCCUCCUCACUCACGCUGAUCCCUGGGUCCAACCCUACGCCCCGGGCUUCGGACAGCGACCCUACCCUGGUGGGCCGAGCCAGCUCCAGCCCCUCUAUAGACUCCCUGGACAUAACCGGAGAAUCUACCCAGCUGUCUGCAAUCCAAGAUGGGCCCGAGGGGCUAGAGUAUCCCCAGGACCCCCUGGAUGAUCGGUUCUCCGACUCCCUCUCCGAGGAGCACCACCUGGUGACUCCACUGAGGUCGGCCUCCCGGCUCUCACUGGCCCUCUGCCUGGUCCAGAACUGUGUGUACCGGCCAGUCCAGAGCCCCAAGGGAAGCAGACUGCCUGUACUCAACAGACAGGGCCCCAGCAGCGGAGGCUCCAGACUGAGCUUCCAUGAGCCGGCCUUGGGGUUGCUGUAUGGAGGUCUGAAUGGAGAGGGGGAGAUUCAUGUCCAUGUGCCCGACCUGGAGGCCCCUCUGAUCAGGCUGGAUGGAGGGAUAGAUGGGGCUCUAGACCUGGCUGAGAUAGAGGAGCUGUGGGAGGAUCUGUAUCAUGAGUGUCCUCCCCCACGCCCCCACCAGACUCUGAUCGAGGAGCAGCAGAGCCAGUUGAACCAGUAUGAGUGUGCAGCAGGUCAGUGUGUCAGUGAGCUGCAGAAGGCCCAGCAGCAGGUCCAGUCCCUGAAGGCCAAGAGCCAGGAGAGCGAAGCCAACAACGCGAAGUUGCAGGAGAAGCUCAUUGAGAUGGAGUGUGAACUGCGUUCCAUCCGCCAGGGAGCUCAGAGCCAGGAGCGCACCAUUCAAUGCCUGACCGAUUCUGUCAGUACCAAGGAUAACGAGGCCGUGGAGCUGUACCAGCUAAUUGAGGGGCAGAAUGCAACACUGUGUAAGCUGAGAGAGAUGGCCCACCGCAACCAGAUCACACACACUGAGGAUCCAGAGGGGGGCAGUGAGGGUGCGAGUUUAGCCCAGUUUCAGGGUGAGUUGGUGGGGUUACAGAGCUCUCUGUUCACCCUGGGUCUGGAGCUGGAAGCCAGUCAGAGAGCCCAGAGACAGAGCCAGAGACAGGCUGAGGACCUGAGCAGAGCUAAAGACAGACUCCACUCUGACCUAAAGGAGGCACUGCAGCACAGGGAGGUCACCGACAAACACAACCAGGACUUGCGCAGUGCCCUGGCUCAGUCUGGCUUUGAGCUGCGGACUAAAGAGGCUCAGCUGGAGGAGAGUAAGGCGGAGAGACGCACAGAAGUUCAGGAGAGAGACAAGAACAUCACCCAGCUCAAACACUCCCUUCAGGACAAGGAGAGGCAGCUACAGGAGUACUCUGAACUCCUGGAAUCAGCAGACAGCUCCAAACCCAGAGAUGCUCUGCUGGACAAACUGAGAGAACGCAUCAGAGACAGGGACAGAGCAUUGGAGCGGUCUAUAGAUGAGAAGUUCAGUGGUCUGGAAGAGAGGGAGGAGCAGGUGAGGAAACUACAGCUGGCCCUUCGAGAGAAGGAGCGAGACCUGGAGAGACUGCGCUGUAUACUGUCCAACAACGAGGAGACCAUCACGAGUCUGGAUGCGUUGGUGCGGGGUAAGGAGCUGGACGUGGAGCAGACAGCAGAAGCCCUCAGGAACCUGCAGUGGCUCCAGCAGCAGAGUGAGGAGAGAGAGAAGUGCACUCUGAGAGAGAGAGACACGCUCAUCAGCCAGCUACAGACUGCCCUGCAGACACGCAGCCAGGAGACACAGGACCUCACGGCAGCCCUCCUGGCUAAGGUCCAGGCAGGCCCCAGUGGGGUGGUGGAGGAGCUGAAGGCUCGCCUCGCGCUGAAGGAGAAACUGUUUCAGGAACUGCUGUCAGACUGCAGCCGCCAGAGCCAUGAACACCAAGCACAGGUCCAGGAUCUGCUCAGCACCAUCAGCACUAAGGACCAGUACAUACAGGACUACUCUGAUAGGCUCUCUCAAGUGAUUGGCGAGCGGACGGGCCAGCUUCAGGAGCUGCGUAGGCAGCUGUCGUCACAGGAAAGGGAGAUGGGUGAGCUCCGGAAGGAGAGAAUGGGAGAGGCAGAGCGACUGCAGAACCUGCUGAAGGAGAAAGAGGCUUUUAUCCAGAGUCUGAUGCAGAGCCAGGAGGAGAGCAUGGAGCUCUCCACACCAGAGGGGGCAGAAGAGAUACAGGCCAUUCGGGAGGAGCUGCAGCUGGUCAGGAAGAAGGAGAAGGAGGCUCAGCUGGAGAUUUCAGCCCUGCGUUCAGCUCAGGCCCAGGAGCAGGCCCAGAAGCAGGGGGAUAGGUUUAAGAUCCUGGCCCCAGGAGUAAUAGCCAGGGAGCCCUCCAACACUGACCACCAGAGUGUGUUGGAGCAGUUGGCCAGUGAGUACCACAGGCUGAACGAUGCUCUGAGGGCAGAGAAGAGGCUGUACCAGAGUCUGAGCCACAUCCAGGCCGGAGGAAACAGCAGCUCAGAGAAGACCCGGGCCCUGCACACCGAACUGGACUCUAUUCAGGCACUCCGAGGGCAGCUGGAGGAGGUCCUAGCCAGGACCCGGAAGACCGCCCUGGCACUGGAGAGGACAGCUAAGAGGCAGUCUGACUUUGGAGAACUCAGCACGGAGGAAGAGGAGGAGGGAGACGAUGAACAGGGCAGCACUGAUGAGUUCUCAGACAGUAUCGAAGACGAUGAGGAUAAACUGACUGCCAAAAGCCUGGCCUCCACUAAGAACUCUGGAAUGGCCUGUGGGCAGGGGGUGCUGUCUGGAGGACCUGUGAGUGGAGCACAGUCCCAGGGGGCCAUGGGGCAGGUGAAGCAGCUGGCUGAACAGAAGAGAGCAAUAGAAGAAGAACUGGAGGAGAUGAGAACCCAGCUGGAGACCACCGGCUACUCCUCCCUAGCCCAGAUGAGGAGUACACUGCUGAGGCUGCAACAAGAGAACGAGGCCCUAAAAGAGAACCAAGGGGAGGUAGAAGGUCUAGGAGAGCUGGAAGAUCCAACAGACACGUGUCAAGGAUGGGAACAGGAAGAGGAAGAGGAGGAGGAGGAAGAGGUACUACCAGCGGUGGGACCCACCCAGAGCAAGCGUGGGCCCCCAGCAGUAAGGAUGAGAGAGGGAAGGGGGAAGAGACAGUGUACCAGACCUCACUCCUUAGACCUGGGUACUCUCCUGUCCCACCGUCAGCCAGACCACACAGAGAAGGAGGCGGGGUCUGAUGAUGUCACUGAUGAUGUGGGCGGGUUCUGGCAGCAUGUGGAGACGGGUCUCCGUGAUCAUGUGGUUCGUCUGCGUUCUGAUUUGGCGCUGAGCAGACAGGAGAGCAGAGAGCUGCAGGAGAGACUCAUGGUGUCUGAGGCCACGGUCCACGCGCAGGCUGAACAACUCAAGGACUACAGGGAACUACUGACGGAGACGUCAGUAGAGCAGGACAGCAAGCAGGUCCAGGUGGACCUACAGGACCUGGGUUAUGAGACGUGUGGCCGUAGUGAGAACGAGGCAGAGAGAGAGGACGCCAGCAGCCCGGAGUUUGACGAUCUGGAGAUGUGUACCUCACUGAGCCACCAGCAGGACUAUGAGCAUGCCGGGGGGGAGGAGUCAGUGACAGGCUCUCUACAGCAAUUGGUCCAGGACCUGCGUUCUAAGCUGGCCCGCUGUCACAAGGUGAUUCGUGGGUUGCAGCUACGUGUGCGUUCACUAUCCACCACCAGCGACUACGCAUCCAGUCUGGAACGCCCCCCGCGCAAGGUGAACUGGGCAUUCGAGGCCUCCCCAGCCCCCAGCGGUGUGGAGGAGGAUGAGGGCUGGAUGUCCGACAGCCUGGGGCCUCGCAUGGAACCCAAGCCCAGCCGGGAGCUGCGAGAGCUGAUGUCCCGAGUGGCCUCACUGGAGGCGCAACUCAAGAGCUCCAGGCUGGAGGGGAAAGGAAGGGCGGUGGAGGAGGGGAAGUGUGCUACCUGGCCCGGGAAGUACAACACUCUGAUCCAGGCACAGGCCAGGGAGUUGUCCCACCUGCGUCAGAAGAUGAGGGAGGGCCGCGGAGUGUGUCACAUCCUCACACAGCACCUGGGAGACACCACCAGGGCGUUUGAGGAGCUGCUGCGUGCCAACGACAUCGACUACUACAUGGGGCAGAGCUUCAGAGAGCAGUUGGCACAGAGCACUGCCCUGGCACAACGUGUGGGCACCAAGAUCAGUGGGCGUGACCGUGCUGAGCUCCAUGAUGAUAAGAUGGGCCAUGAGCUGCUUGCUUUACGGCUGAGUAAGGAGCUCCAGCAGAAAGAUAAGAUCAUCGAGUCCCUCCACACCAAGCUACAGCAGCGUUCCGACACCCCCUGCAGCAGCCACGCCCACUCAGAGACCACCGACCAAUCAGACAGGACCUCCUUUGUGUCAGACGAGUGCCGGACCAAUGAGGACCUGGAGCUAUGCUCAGAUGUGGACGAAGCCAGCGAAUACGCUCAGGGAGAGCAGGAACAGGGGGCGAGACAUGGCCCAGGAAACACAGACCUCCACCACUCCCUCCCUCCACCCUGCCUUAAGUCCUCCAGCAGCUGUCCUAACAUGCUGUACUCCACCCCUGAGUUGGCCAGUCAGACUGGUCCUGUGUCCUGCUCCCUACCCGCCUCCCAGUCCCUCCCUGGCCUAUACCCUAACCAUGACCCCUGGGGUCAGCAUAUGACCUUUAACCCCCAGUCCAGGACCUUGUCUAUGGAAGCGAUGCAACAGGAGCUGGAUACCCUGCACAGACAGAUGGCUAUGAAUGAGAGCUUUGUGGUUCCACACGCCAACGCUCUGUCCAACCUCGCACCAGCCGCCCACCACCAGCCAGACCACUCCCCUUACGGCCAGAUUACCCAUCAUGCCUUUUACCCACACCAGCUAGGCAGCCGACCCCCAGGCCAAGCCCUGAAGGCCAACACAGACCUGGUGGAGAAGGGUGCAUUGUGGGAUAUGGAGAACAUGGUUCAGCCAGCCAGGGUUGGGUCAUCAGGAAACAAUUCAAGAAACAGCUUCACUGGUGUGGACCUGAUCGAAGAGCACCUGAGAGAGGUGCGGUGUCUGCGUCAGCGUCUGGAGGAGACCAUCAGGACCAACGAGAAGCUCAGGCAGCAGCUGGAGGAACGCCUGGCCACCACCGGCCGCGACGGAGGAGCCCCCACUAACAUCUACAUCCAGGGGGUGGACUCUGUCAGCCAGCUGUCCAAUGAGAUCAGAGUCCUGAAAGAGGAGAACCUGGCUCUCCAGGCACAACUGCAGGCCAGCUCAGAUACGUGUGAGGAGGCGGAGCAGCUGCGUGAGGUGGUGGUGACGGGGCGUGCCCGCCUGAAGCAGGCGGAGCUAGAGGCGGAGCAGUGGAAGGAGGAGCUCCGACGGCUGCAGACACAUAGCCAGGAGCAGGGACAGCAGAUUCACACACUCAGACAGGAGAGGCAGAACAGCCAUGACAAGAACAAUAGGCUCCAGCAGCAGUUGUGUGAGAGCAGGGAGCUGCUCCACUCUCUGCAGAGUGAGCUGCAGGUCUACCACAGAGUGUGUGUCAACGCCAAGGGCAACCCAGGGUACCUGUGUGAGGGCCAGUACGGUGGGGUCCCUGCCGUGCCCGUGGAGCUGGGGGAGCUGCUAGGGGAGGUGAGGAGCCUCAGAGCCCAGCUCCAGUCCAGUGUCCAAGAGAACAGUGUCCUGAAACAACUGGAGCUCCACAAACACCUGGAGCAGAAGCUGGGAGGUGGGGUCCACGGAGGGGUGGGCGUCAUUGGGGGGAUGGAGCCCCCUCGUACCCCGUCUCUCAGUGCCCUUACAGCCAGCCCCCAGAGGGACAGCCUCUACAGACGGCAGCUACUGCAUGACCCAGCUCCGUCUCCCCCGGUCAGAGACAUUGGGCUGUUUAACUGUGGAUCUCCAUACCACGUUCUCUACACAGACCUGGAGGAGACCCCGCUCACUGCCAAUGAUCUGGACCCCCACUCAGAGCUGGAGGGUGACGCCCCGGACGGCUCGUUCUCUAACCGGAACGGGCGCCAUGCCAUCGGGCACGUGGACGACUACAGCGCUCUGCAGCAGCAGGUCCUGGAGGGGAGGAGUCUAGUCCAGCGAAUGGAAACAGCCCUGCAGGCCUGCCUCAGCCAAUCAAUGUUGGAGGGCAGCCACGACCAGGUCCUCCUGGACUAUGGGCGCGUGAGGAGUCUGCUGUCAAACACCAAGACCCUGAGACAGAUCCUAGAGGAGGUUGUGUCCCUGAUCAAGAUGUUUUGGAGGGCUGCCCUGCCCAGCACAGACUGUUACACCCAUAACCUUAAGAAGGAGAAGUGUAUGCAAGAGGAGAUUCUGUCGCUGAGGGGGCGUAUCUCAGAGCAGGGGGAGGUGCUUCAGGGAACCAUCCAGAGACUGAGGAGCACCAGCCGCACCAAGGAAGGCAUGGAGCACUUCAUCGUCAACCAGUUAUCAAGGACUCGUGAUGUGCUGAAAAAAGCCAGGACUAACUUGGAGAAGAACGAUCGGAGGAUCUCCUCUCUAAGCUCCUCCUCUUCCACUCCUUAUGCUGCUGAAGACCGAAGUCACGCCAAUGAACGGCCUACUGAUUGGAGUUUCUUGAAGCCUGGUGACGCCCCGGCAAUGUCCAAUCGGCAUCCGGGAACCAGGAAGCGUGGCAGCCAGUGCCUGCUCCAGGUGCUGACCUGUUAAAGAACCAGCCAGUACAACACCACGACCUCUGACCUCACCGCCAGAACAGCCAUGACCCCACAACACCUCCUCUGCCUCACCCAUCACCCCAUCCACCUCUCAGCCUAGUCUAUAGCAUCGAAUGUCAACCCUCAGAGCACUCCAUCCAUUCUUUCUUUCUCCACCAUUUCUCUCCUGCCGGCAAUUCUUGCCCAAGACUCUUGCACCUCGAGCCUUACCUGAAUUCGUCCUCCUUUAGUUUUCAUUCCUCUACCCUCGUUCGACUGUUCUUCAUUCAUCUUUUCUCCCAUCCCCACCCACCCCUGUUCUUCUGUUGGUGUCUUCUAGCUCCAGAGACUGUUGGUUCAGUCUGAUGUUUGCCUUGUGAGUGUGAAAAAGAAGGUGGUUUGAAAUGUGCCUCUGAUGGUAACAGUAAUGUGUGUCCUUGACUGCUGUAGAAGAAGUAGGAUUAAGCUGCCCCUAGACACUGAUCUAUGGUCAGAUUUGCUUUUUCCCUAAUGGUUAAGGUAAUGAGCGGGGUAAGCUGGUCCUAGACACUGAUCUAAGGUCAGAUUUGCUUUUUCCCUAAUGGUUAAGGUAAUGAGGAGGGUAAGCUGGUCCAAGACACUGAUCUAAGAUCAGAUUUGCUUUUUCCCUAAUGGUUAAGGUAAUGAGGGGGAUAAGCUGGUCCUAGACACUGAUCUAAGGUCAGAUAUGCUUUUUCCCUAAUGGUUAAGGUAAUGCUGGUCCUAGAUCUGUGGCUGAGGGAAGCUUCUACCCAGAGCAUAGAUAGUGUGCUCCUCUGCCUGGUAGCUUUUGGAUGGGAUAAGUGUCAAUGCAUGUGAACUCAAGGCUUGAGAAAGGAAAUGUAUACAAACGUAUACACACAAAGUACAGUACACACACAUACAUUCACAGACAUACAUGAUCAAUCCAUUUCUUUUCAAACAAAUCUUCAACUUCAAUUGCCACUAAAAAUGCAAGCUUUCUUCUUGUGGCAUUUCAUCAAUGAGGACUUUCUUUGCAAAUACAAUGCAAAAAAUACAAUGACAUCCACAAUCUAGCAUAUCUGCUGGAAUCACAGUGGAGGAAUGUAUAGGUGUGGCAGUUCUAGGUAAUUGUGUGCUAUAUUUAUCUGUGGAGGAUGAUACCUCUGAAUGGUCUGUCUGCCAUUAGCCAAGGCUUCUGGAUAGCAGAACAAAGGCCCCGUUCCAUUUCAAUCACUAACCCCUUCCCCAUCGGUGUUCACAGAUCUGAAUGGGCCAGAUAGGUGACAGCAAUAUGGUUGUGGCUCCACCUAGCCCUCCGAUGAUCUAACACAGAAUGGGUAAUGGCUAAAGAAGGCGCUAGGGGCUGAAACGGACCGAGGCCGAACACGCGUAUUCAAGCUCCUCUUUAGGAGUCCUCAGACGAGCAUGUGCAAUAAUGUUGUUAUUUAAAUGAUCAUGGCACGCCAGCUAUUUUUCCUUUUUGCCUGACACUGGAACUUAAUCAUUGAGCCACUCUUGAUAAGGUGAAAAAGAUUGUCAGUACAAUAUUAUACUACUUACUAUCCUGAAUACUACUGAGUGAAAUGAAAUGUAGUUUUGGUGCAGUGUCGAUGCAUCAGAGGUUUUAAAAAGGAACAGUCUCAACCUUUGUUCGUGGAACAGAGGUUCACCAUUACUUGCCAAAGUUUGAACUUUGAACUCUUCGCAUACUUGUUUGCCUUACCUAUGCAAAUGACAGCCUACUAUAAGCAUGAUGUGACUCUAUAGGAAGACAUCAGCCUAGUAUAUGAGACCAUCUAUGACAUUAUGAUGGCGAUAUCAUUUGAUUGGCUGCUCUUUGAGAGCCAUUUGAAGCAGAGACGGUAACCGUCAGAUGAUUGGUUCACUUUAGUUGGACAUGUGCUUUAUAAACGAGCACAUCUUGUCAUUAAUGGACCAAACCUUUCAAAAAGAGAAUCUUUCACACUAGGCUACUACUGCUUUGUGAAUGAAAAAAAAACUCAAUUGGGCUGCUGUGAGAGAUGUACCACAACACCAGAGAAUAUCAUUCUGGAUUGUUACAUUUCCAUUGGACUUCUUCGAGGUAUUUGUCUUGGUUUAGACCGCCAUUGCAUUCCCAUGGUGUUAUUGGCAACAUGUUCCUUAUUCUCCUACCUGUUCCAAACUUUGGCAGGCUACUGGUGGGACCAAUGUUCUAGAUUUCACAAUCGGUGAAGCUGUCACCCCCAAAGGUGUUUCUUCCUACGCUGCUUUUGAUUGUUUUAAGUGUUCUUGCUGUACAUUUAGCCAUUUUCACAUUGUAAAUGGCUUGUCUUUCUCACUGUAUUCUGUUGACCUUUUUUGUGUGUGGAUAAUCAUGUCAGACUUUAGCUCUAUACGCAAACGUUGAAUAUCUGGGUAGCUGUGCAAUAGCUCUGCACGAUCUGCUUGAUGUUAACAAUCAUUUUAUCAAGAAUAGUUACGCGUCCUUGAGUGUUUUUCUUUUCUGCUUUGUAUGGUUUAUUAGAUUUUGAUAAUGCCAGAUUGUAAUAAAAUAGUCACAGCUAUGAAA